AUGAAUAGAUUAGCUGAGAAGCCAACUGAUACGAGAAGUACCCUUGUACGAAGAUACGGUAUUUUUGCUGCUGUUGCUGUCACCUUAUUCUUAAUUGGUAAGAAACACAUUGCUUACGAAAAAGACCAGCGCCACAAGAUGGAAAAUGACUCGGACUUGAACAAUUCAGAUAACGAGUUUGCCGUCAGCGUUAAAAGACCAGGGUUCCCCGAAAAUAAUCCAAAUUUAAACUAUGAUGAUGCAAGCAGGAGAAGCAAAUACGUUGGUAGUGGAGAUGCCUACAGUUCAAGAAGACCUGGUGAUCGUUUAAACUUUUAUAAUGUUUUAAAGAUGAAAUGGUUCCCCGACGACAAGGAGAAAGAGGCUCAGUACUAUACACCUUCACGAGAAGACAAGAUUGUGAAAUAA